ACCACCACUUUCCCCACAUUAUGAGAGCAGAGUCGUUUCUGUCUCCACCCAAAUGUCCACGCCCAACUCCUUUCGUCUUCUUCAUGUUCUUCUCAUACGCGUUAAUGCAUCAAUCAAUCCUUAUUUUCUGGUCAAUGUAUGUUGGCUGAGUCAAAAACUCUUUACAGCCCUCCGGAGAAAUUAUACUCCGAUCCCCCUUAUAUAUAAUUGGCAACGAUUACCGGUGCCUGUAAAUAUUUCUCCAUUUCAAUGGCCUCCGUUUUCCCCUUUCUCUCCCUCAUCCUGUUUUUCGCCCUCGCCUCCGCUUCCGGGGACCACCCGGUGUCGGAAUCUAGCACCGGUUUACCUCGAUCCGCCCGAAACGCCUGCAAAGUCUCGGCUGACCCGGCGGCGUGCGAGCACGCGCUGGCUAGUUCCGGUAAGUUGUCGUCCCAGCACCCGACGGCGAUGGAGAUCAUCGAGGCGGCCAUGGGAGUCUCCACGGGCGGGCUUGCGAAGGCCAAAUCCAUGGUGAGUGGAAUCCUGGAGGAGUCCGCCGGCAACCGGAACCGGUCGGUCGCGGCCAACACGUGCCUCGAGCUGUACGGGUACGCCGAGAACCGGAUGAGAUCUGCCGGAAAAGCUCUCCGGGGCGGCGAGAUCAAGGACGCCCGGGCGUGGAUGAGCGCCGUCGUCGUGUACCAGUACGACUGCUGGUCGUCGCUCAAGUACGUCAACGACACCGGGAAGGUGAACAGCACGAUGGCGUUCACGUGGUCGCUCCUCGGACUGACCAGCGACGCGCUGGGCAUGUUGGUGAACUACGACCGCAUCGGGAAUGAAACCGGGUCGUGGCGGCUGCCGGAAACAGAGCGUGACGGCUUCUGGGAGAAGGACGGCAGAUCCGGGUCCGGGUCGGCGACCGGCGGAGGAGUUCCCAGUGGGUUGAUCCCGAACGUGACGGUGUGCCUCCAAAAGAGCGGCUGCGACUACCAGAAAGUUCAGGACGCCGUGAACGCCGCGCCGGAUUUCAUCUCGGCGGGGAAGUUUGUGAUUCAGAUAAAGGCGGGAGUUUACGAGGAGAUCGUUCGGGUGCCGUUUAAUAAAACGAAUGUGGUGUUUUUAGGGGAAGGCAUGGGCAAAACUGUCAUUACAGGAAACUUGAGUGUGGGUCUCCCUCCUUUCAACACCACAUACCACUCCGCCACCAUUGCUGUGGCGGGGGAUAGAUUCAUGGCGAGGGAUCUGACGAUCCGAAACACGGCGGCGGCCGGAGGUCACCAAGCAGUGGCCUUCCGAUCAGACAGCGAUCUUUCCAUUGUAGAAAGCUGCGAGUUCGUGGGGAACCAAGACACUCUCUACGCCCACUCCCUCCGCCAGUACUACAAGUCCUGCCGCAUCCAAGGCAACGUCGACUUCAUCUUCGGGAACUCCGCCGCCGCAUUCCACGACUGCCGGAUCUUCGUGUCCCCCCGGCAAGACACUCCGGAGAAGGCGGCGAAAAACGCCGUGACGGCCCAAGGGCGGAUCUACCCCGGCCAGUCCACCGGAUUCGUCUUCCAAAAGUGCGUCAUCAACGGGACCCGGGAGUACAUGGAAUUGUUCCGGAAGAGUCCGGAUUCGUUCAACCAGACGUAUCUAGGGAGGCCAUGGAAGGAGUACUCGAGGACGGUGUUUAUACAAUGUACGCUGGAGGGUCUCAUUUCUCCGGCGGGGUGGAUGGAGUGGGACGGCGACUUCGCGUUGAAGACCCUUUAUUACGGGGAGUUUAAGAACACCGGUGCCGGAGCUGCCACGGCUGAACGGGUGAGUUGGAGCAGCCAGAUUCCGCCGGAGAAUGUCGCCGCCUACUCUCUCCAGAGCUUCGUUCAAGGUCAUCUAUGGAUUCCAACAUCCCAGUGAUUUUGAUCGCAGUCAUUUAUUGUGAAUGAGCGCGCUAUGACACAAACUAGCUAGGAGGGUCGUUGGGGCGGUUUCUCUAAUUAAUUUAAUACAAUUAU